GUGACAGAGAUUCCUACAUAGAAGAGUGACAGCAGCUGGACUAAAUGUUUAGCCGCUGAACUGGUUCCUCAGGUAGCCCGGCCCUGGUGACUGCUAUGGGAGAGUGGAUGACUGUUACAGACCCAGAUCUGUCUUCAGAAAGCAAAAAUAUCUGUCAAUAUACCUCAGAAACAAAGAUGUCUCCAUCAAGUUUAUACUCACAGCAAGUGCUAUGUUCUUCAAUACCUUUAUCAAAAAAUGUGCACAGUUUUUUCAGUGCCUUCUGCACAGAAGAGAAUAUUGAACAAAGCCUUUCAUAUCUUGAUCAGGAAUUGACUACUUGCAGUUUUCCUUCAUUAUAUGAAAAAUCCAAAGGUAAAGACACAAAGAGAAAAUUAAAUGUAGUUUCUGUUUUAAAUUGUAUGAAUGAGCUACUUGUACUUCAGUGGAAGAACCUUCUAGCUCAGGAAAAUGUAGAAACACAGAAUCUGAAACUGGGAAGUGAUAUGGACCAUCUACAGAACUGCUACGCAAAACUUAAGGAACAACUGGAAACCUCCAGGAGAGAAAUGAUUGGGCUUCAGGAAAGAGACAGAUAGUUACAGUGCAAGAACUGGAAUUUGCAUCAGCUACUGAAAAAUGAAAAAGAUGAGGUACAAAAAUUACAAAAUAUCAUUGCACGUCGAGCUACUCAGUAUAAUCAUGAUAUAAAAGAACGUGAAUAUAAUAAAUUAAAGGAACAUCUACAUCAACUUGUUAUGAACAAGAAGGAUAAAAAAAUAGCUAUGGAAGUUUUAAAUUAUGUGGGGAGAGCCGAUGGAAAAAGAGGCUCCUGGAGGACGGGUAAAACCGAGGCCAGGAAUGAAGAUGAAAUGUAUAAAAUUCUCUUGAACGAUUAUGAAUAUCGUCAGAAACAAAUCCUAAUGGAAAAUGCUGAACUUAAGAAGGUUCUUCAGCAAAUGAAAAAGGAAAUGAUUUCUCUUCUUUCUCCCCAAAAGCAGAAACCUAGAGAAAGAGCAGAUGAUGGUACCGGAACUGUUAUCUCUGAUGCUGAAGAAGACGCUGGGGAACUGAGUAGGAAGAGUAUGUGGGACCUUUCCUGGGAGACUGUGAGAGAACAGCUUACCAACAGCAUCAGAAAACAGUGGAGGAUUUUGAAAAGUCAUGUAGAAAAACUUGAUAACCAAGUUUCAAAGGUACAUCUAGAAGGUUUUAAUGAUGAAGACGUAAUCUCACGACAAGACCACGAACAGGAAACUGAAAAACUCGAGUUAGAGAUUCAGCAGUGUAAAGAAAUGAUUAAAACUCAGCAGCAGCUUUUACAGCAGCAGCUGGCUACUGCAUGUGAUGAUGACACCACCUCGCUGCUAUGAGACUGUUACUUGCUGGAGGAAAAGGAGCGCCUCAAGGAAGAGUGGUCCCUGUUUAAAGAGCAAAAAAAGAAUUUUGAGAAGGAAAGACGAAGCUUUACAGACGCGGCUAUUCGCCUAGGAUUGGAGAGAAAGGCACUUGAAGAAGAAAGAGCCAGUUGGUUAAAGCAACAGUUUUUAAAUAUGACUACCUUUGACCACCAGAACUCAGAAAAUAUGAAACUUUUCAGUGCCUUCUCAGGAAGUUUUGAUUGGAACAGUCUUACAGUGCACUCGAGGCCACGGCAGAAGAAGCCUCACAGUGUGUCUAACGGGUCUCCAGUUUGCACAUCCAAACUUAUUAAGUCUCUUCCUGCUUCUCCUUCUACUUCGGACUUUUGCCAGACACGUUCCUGUGCAUCUGAACAUAGUUCCAUCAAUGUACUGAAUAUAACUCCUGAAGAAACUAAACCAAAUCCGGUUGGAAGAGAAGGUACAAAUCAGAAAUGGAGCAUGGCCUCAAGACCUGGAUCACAGGAAGGUUGCUACAGUGGGUGUUCCUCUACCUACAGAAACUCCCGUAUAGAAAAAGAUGACUUACCUUAGACGUGUGAACUGGAAUUGUUCUCAUCAGCACGUUCAUCAGAUUUCACAUCUGAGUUGAAACAGGGUGUGUCAUAAAGUCAGUCAUAUCUAAUGAUUGAAGAUGGUCUGAGGUGUUUGUUUGGACUUUCCUGUCCCUCCCCCAAAGAGCUAAAAUGUUGAAUCUAUUUAAAAGGAUAUAAAAGCUUUGGAUAUGUAUUUUGAGUAACAGAAGCAUCUGGUUCUGUGAAUAAAGGAAUGUAUAUGUUUGGA